CUCUCUCUCUCUCUCUCUCUCUCUCUCUCUCUCUCUCUCUCUUGCUUCAGUUCGGUUCGGACACAGCAACUAGCUAGCUGAUCGAUCGAGAGCAAGCAAUGGCCGGCGGCCGUCGUCUCUCCCCUGCGUGCCUCCUUCGUCGUCUCACCGUCGCCCUCGUGGUCCUCACCGCCCUGCCGGAGCUCGCCGCUGCCCGCACCCGCCGCUACACGUUCAAUGUGACUAUGGCAACGGUGACGCGCCUGUGCGUGACGAAGAGCGUCCCCACGGUGAACGGGCGGUUCCCGGGGCCGAGGCUCGUCGUGCGCGAGGGAGACCGACUCGUGGUGCAGGUCCACAACAACAUCAACAGCAACGUAACGUUCCACUGGCACGGCGUCCGGCAGCUGCGCAGCGGGUGGGCGGACGGGCCGUCCUACAUCACGCAGUGCCCGAUCCGGCCCGGCCAGAGCUACGCCUACGACUUCCGCAUCGUGGGGCAGCGCGGCACGCUCUGGUGGCACGCGCACUUCUCCUGGCUCCGCGCCACGCUCUACGGCCCGCUAGUCAUCCUCCCGCCGCGCGGCGUCCCCUACCCGUUCCCAAAGCCCCACAGACAAGUCACCCUCAUGCUCGGUGAGUGGUUCAACGCGGACCCGGAGGCCGUCAUCAAGCAGGCGCUGCAGACCGGCGGGGCCCCGAACGUCUCCGACGCCUACACCUUCAACGGCCUGCCUGGCCCCACCUACAACUGCUCCUCCGCCGCCGGCGACGACACGUUCAGGCUGCGGGUGAGGCCCGGCCGGACGUACUUGCUGCGCCUCGUCAACGCGGCGCUCAACGACGAGCUCUUCUUCGCGGUGGCCAACCACACGCUGACGGUGGUGCAGGCGGACGCCAGCUACGUCAAGCCGUUCGCGGCCGCCACGCUGGUCAUCUCGCCGGGGCAGACCAUGGACGUGCUCCUCACCGCCUCCGCCUCCGCCGCCGCCGCCGCCCCGUCGUCCGCCUUCGCCAUCGCCGUCGCGCCCUACACCAACACCGUCGGCACGUUCGACAACACCACCGCCGUCGCCGCCGUCGAGUACGGCCCGCACCAGUCCGCCGCGGCGCCGCUCCGGAGCCUGCCCUUGCCGGCGCUCCCGCGGUACAACGACACGGCCGCGGUGGCCAACUUCUCGGCCAUGUUCCGGAGCCUCGCGAGCGCGCGGUACCCGGCGCGCGUGCCGCGGACCGUGGACCGCAGGUUCUUCUUCACCGUCGGGCUGGGCGCGGACCCGUGCCGGAGCCGCGUCAACGGCACGUGCCAGGGCCCCAACGGCACCAGGUUCGCCGCGUCCAUGAACAACGUGUCCUUCGCCAUGCCCAGGACCGCCUCCCUCCUGCAGGCGCACUACCAGCGCCGCUACAGCGGCGUGCUCGCGGCCAACUUCCCCGCCGUGCCGCCCACGCGCUUCGACUACACCGGCGCGCCGCCCAACAACACGUUCGUCACCCACGGCACCCGGGUCGUGCCGCUCAGCUUCAACACCACCGUCGAGGUGGUGCUGCAGGACACCAGCGUCCUGGGCGCCGAGAGCCACCCGCUGCACCUGCACGGCUACGACUUCUUCGUCGUCGGCACGGGCUUCGGCAACUACGACGCCACCAACGACACCGCCAGGUACAACCUCGUCGACCCGGUGCAGCGGAACACCGUCAGCGUCCCCACCGCCGGCUGGGUCGCCAUCCGAUUCGUCGCCGACAACCCCGGCGUGUGGAUCAUGCAUUGCCACCUGGACGUGCACCUGACCUGGGGUCUGGCAAUGGCGUGGCUCGUCAACGACGGGCCGCUGCCCAACCAGAAGCUGCCACCUCCACCGUCCGAUAUCCCCAGGUGUUGAUACAAUCACGAGACAUUAGUCUGCAGUGGUUUUGAUCCGUGCAAUGCUCAAUGCACGCGCACAUGGCGGAACCGACUCAAAUCGUUUGGCCUGUGCAACGCGAAUUUUGUGAUGAUGUCUGGUUUUGUCGCUGCCCUGUUUCGGUUUCGGAGACAUACAAGAUCCGUAAAAGCAAGUUUAUUAGGGGUCAUGUGUUGUUGCGCCAUUAUUCUUUUUUUUCGAUUGUUUCAUCGCAACUUUUGUUUUUUUAUGCUGGACAUUGUUAGUGCGUCCAGUGUGUAAGGUAUAUGUUACAUAUAUAAUGUAUCAGUCGAUUGGACCAGCUAAUGAUUCUUUUUUAUCA